GAGGGAGGCGGGCGGCGCGCAGCAGCGGCCAGCUGUUGGAAAGCGGAGCGCUGCGCUCCUGAACCACCCGCUGCGUCCGCAUCAGGUGAAUAUUUCUUCAUCAGCGUCGCAGCAGAGCGCACGCCGGGACUCCUUCUGCUCGUUUUAAUAAACCCCUGCGGUUCCUUUUUGCCAACUUCACGUUUUUUGUUUUGUCGUCUCUAAAACUGGUCCAGUGCGGUAUAACAAUUGCUAAACAAAUCAAGUGGGAACCCCAGGAAAAAAAAGAGGACUUCGACAGAAAAAAGGGUUUAGAGUAUUGCCAGAAAACAUGGGGAGAAAGAAAAUCCAAAUUUCUCGUAUUCUUGACCAGAGGAACAGACAGGUGACCUUCACUAAACGCAAGUUUGGUCUGAUGAAAAAGGCGUACGAGCUGAGCGUGCUCUGUGACUGCGAGAUCGCCCUCAUCAUCUUCAACAGCACCAACCGUCUGUUCCAGUACGCCAGCACCGACAUGGACAAAGUGCUGCUGAAAUACACAGAGUACAGCGAGCCGCACGAGAGUCGCACCAACACCGACAUAUUGGAGACGCUGCGCAGAAAAGGCGUCGGCCUGGACGGCUCAGAGCUCGACAGCGAGGAGAGCGUGCAGGCUGCGGCGGACAAGUAUCCUGGCAGCGACAGCAUGGAUCUCUCUGUGGCUCGCCAGCGCUUCUGUCCUCCCUCUCUGUUGUCGCCCGAGACUCAGUUCCUCGUGUCCGCCGGUUGUGAGAACGGUUUCCCCAACUCCUCGGCGUCCGGCGCGGCCCCCCACCGAGCCGGCGGGUUUAAGGCUCUGAGCUCUCGCCCAGGAUCUGCCAGCCCCGCUGCCCCGCACCCCGCCUUCAUGUCGCCACAUGCAGGCAUCGGCUACUCUGUGUUCUCCCAUGGCAACCUGAACCGAGCUCUGGACAUGAAGAGCCCUCCUCCUCUGAGCCUGGGCAGCGAAAACCUGCGGGCAGAUGCUGCUAAUCAGGCCAUGGGGGCUGCAAGAGCAAACCACAACUCUGCUAGGAGCCUGUUGUACCAGGGCCUGCACGGCGGCAGUUCUAUGGUGGCGAUGGGUAAAGCGGGGCUCCUCGGUCACAGUUUGGGGGGCUACGGCCUUCCCUCCCCUGGAGCCGCUGAGUACAGCCAGCCUGGCUUCUUCCACUCUGUUAGUUUUCAGCGAGGAACGGCGAAUCCCUGGCAGCAUGAGUCUCAGGGGCCACAUAUAAGCUCAGGGAUGUCCAGCGGGGGGUGCUCCUUCCCGUCUCAGUCUUGCUCCUCAACCUCUCCACAUCUGCCCUCCUUGAACCUCAGCAUCAAGUCGGAGCGAAGCUCGCCCGACCACAUGUGCUCUCGGUCCUCCCCUCGCCUGCACCACCUCAGGCAGCAUUCUCCUUCGAGCAACCCCGAUUUAGCUCGCCAAAGCCCUCCAGAAGCCCACCCGGCCAACAGGACGAAGGAGCUUCCCAAAGCCGGCGGCUACCCGCAAGACGGAGAGGAGAGGGGGCAGCCUCUCAGGCAGCUGGAGAUGAGCGACGGCUGGCAGAGAUAGCCGGAUGCCGCAGCCUGCGCAGUGCCACCACCACCACCACCUCCCCGUUCACACAGCUGCCAAGAAACCCAGAGGGGAGGGGGGGGGGGUCGAGACGUUUCCAGUGAGGGACACCCCUCUUUGUCUCCUCUCGCAGAGCUGGGCUCUCCAGGGUGGAAAAGAAAUUCUCCCCUCAAUCACUUGCUUCAUCCUAUGAGGAGAUAGAUGCAUAAAGACUUUUGUUUUUGUUUUAGAUCAUUCAGCGUCGAAACAGAACACAGUUUGAUUAUGUUUUUUUUUUUCUUUUAUUUGUUUUGUAUUGCAGCUUUUUGAAAAUAGGCAGAGCAGAACCGAACGGCCGGCUCAGUUUUCCCAGUCGUUUGAAGGUUUCUGCAAAUUUAACUUGCCCUUUAAGACGACACAUUUUCUGAGUCUGAACUGAUCCUAAACAUAAAACAAUAUAUAGAAGUUAUACAAACAUGGAGAUGUAUUUAAAAUGCAUUAAAACCUGUCGUUGCCAUACAUAUUUGCUCGCCUUUAAAGAAAAGUGAGGCUUUAACAGCAACUCUGCCUUAAUCCUCCACUGUAGUUUGUUGAGAGUACAAUCAAAUAUACUUGUAGGGCAAAAUCUCCUACACAACAUGAGAUAUGUGUUUUUUACAACAUCAGCAUGGGUCAGCCAAAUAAAAAAAUAAAUAAAAAAAUAAAGUGAGGAAAUUUUUUGCAACAGAAAACAAGAGGCUCGAUUGGAAGAAUAAGGGUUGAAUCUGAAGUGAGCUAUACGGGUCUUGUUCAGGAAACAGUCUAACAGAAUGCAGUAGGGUUAGUUUGUAUGUAAAACCAACAAUUUACAAAAAAACAAAGCUUCUACUCUUAAAUCACAAAUGUUAACUGCUCUAAAAAGACUGUACCCCUGUAGUUUUGGAUUCUUUUUCUCAGAUGAUCUUGAGAUCAAUUAAACGCUUACUAAAGCAUUUUCACACUUCAAGCGAACAUGCCGGCCUUAAAGCAGAGCGGUCAGUACUGGAGCCUAACCCUUUAAUUUCUUUCUCGCUCUCAGGCUUGACACAUUUCAGGAUUUAAGUCUAUUUUAUCUCCAAAUGAGGCAAAUCGUUUUAACCGACGCACAAAUACUAUACCCCCAGGGUUUACCUUAAAUGCAGCAAAAGCCAAAGACGUAUCCACGUGGCCCUGUAGACAUAUAGACGGCCCAGAUAGAGAUGUGUAAAGGCUUUACGUUUAACAAAUCUUUUACGGUGGCAGCGUCGUGUCACACUGAAAACUUAAGAGAAAUCCGUUAAGUUGAACACGAUUAUUUGGUGGUACACUACGUAGUCCUGGGUCCUCGCUUAUGAGCUCUUCUCUUCAGCUCAACACCGUUUUUUGUUUUUUUUCAUAGCAGGUCUAGAGACUGAUAUGACCAGGUGAACUAUUUGGGUUAGUUUGGCUGUAGGUUUUGGAUCGUAGUCUUGUUAAAACACCCUGGGGUGACACCGUUUUGGUCUUCUGGUAGAAAACAAUCUUUUUUUUUUAAAUCUCCUGGUAUUUUAAAAAGCUCAGGAUGUCAUGCUAGUGGAAGAUAUUUAGGCCCACAGCCGCCUAGAUCCUCCACCGUAAUCAUCAGUAGACAC